AAGUCGAGUAUUAAAACCCGUCCCUUCAGUCAACGACCAGACGUUCAAGAUCGCGUUGCCUAUUCUUGAUCGACACUUUAUCGUUCCCGGGAGAGAUCGGUUGAUCACAGUGUAUCGUGUUUAUCGCGACAAAGGUGCAUGUCCGACGCAACAGUUCACUUAAUCUUAUAAUUACUAGCUAGCUAAAGGUGUCGAGGAGGGUCUAUGGUCAAGGAGGGACCGGAAGUUUCAUCCGAUUCAGCUUGGUUUCCCGCGGUAAACCGAGUCGAAUCGAGCCGCGGAACUCGGCCAGGCCGAUGACAACGACAUCCUCUCGGCGUGGACGUUAUCCAGGCCAGUUCUGGUGUCGCCGAUCGUCGACACGGUUCGACGGUCACUUCUUUCGUCGUUUCUUUUCGUAGCCAGUGAGAUUUCGUCGUGCACCAUGUACGAAGGUAGACGGGUCACCGAGAGGACCUCCCUCACGAGACCCCUGGAUUCGCCGGAUUACGUGGAGUUCGCGAGCCUCUUGAGGACCCGGAAGACCCGGAUCAGGCAAUUUCAAUGCUGUAUCUGCGCCACUCUCAUAGCGGUGUUCACGAUGGCGUUAAUAGUGACAGUCAGCUACUCGGUGAGCCACAACAUCCUAGACGCAAACCUCACGGCCCCAGAUUCCGAGGCUGCGUACAAUCUUACCGGUUCCUUGAAGUUGGGCUUCGCACCUGGAUCAGGCUCGUACACGCUCUUCAGCAACCCGUCGAUCGUCUCAGCGUCGAAUUCGAUCCCCAUCCCUAGCAGAAGGGCGGAAACCUCUCCGCCGGCGAAGUUGACCGAAGGGGAGUUCAACGAAGCGUUGGAAGCAGGUCGCCGAGCGAUGAACGAGCGUUUGUUCGCCGACGCCACUGCGGCCAUGUCACCGAUGCCAUCCCCGUCGCCGGAAUCGAGGCAUCGUUACGCCGUGAGCACGUGCGCGAGCGUCGGGACGCUGGCUCUGGCAGCCGUGGCCGAACUCGCGGCUACCAAGACGAUCGAGAAUUCCAGAGCGAUGCAGGCAGCGCCAACCGCCAUCGGGACCUCCUUCGACGGAGGCUGGCUGUCUCUGGGUGUUUGCAAACAACUGAGGAUCCCGAAUUGUAAUCCGAGCAAGUACAGGACGUUCGACGGAACCUGCAAUCGACCCAACCAAUGGGGAGUCUCUAUGACGCCGUUCAGAAGACUCUUACCGCCCAAUUAUGCAGACGGCGUAGACGCCCCGCGUAGGGCGCUCUCUGGAGCGGAACUUCCGUCAGCCAGAGAAGUUAGCCUAAAAGUGCACAAACCUUCGCCCAGCAGCAAUCCAGAUUUCACGGUGAUGCUCGCCGUUUACGGACAAUUCCUGGACCACGACAUCACCGCGACAGCGAUCAGUCAAGGUAUCAACGGCACCUCCAUCUCCUGUUGUCCACCGGCCGUCGGUCAUCCAGAGUGUUUUCCCGUUCCCGUUGCCUCCGGCGAUCCCGUGUUCGACGUUACUGGGAGAAGCUGCAUGGACUUCGUGAGAUCCGCACCUGCGCCCCAGUGCAAGCUCGGUCCCAGGCAGCAGUUGAAUCAGGUGACCGCGUUCAUCGACGGUUCCGCCAUUUAUGGAUCGGACUUAAAUACAGCGAGGGGUCUACGAGAAUUUUCCGGCGGUCGUCUGAGGAUGCAGAUAACGCCUGACAACAGAACUCUCUUACCUGCCAGCAUGAAUCCCAACGACGGUUGCAACAGGGAAGCCGAGAGACUUCGAGGGAGGUAUUGUUUCGCGGCAGGUGACGCCAGAGCUAACGAGAACCUGCACCUGACGACGAUGCAUCUCCUCUGGGCGAGACAGCACAAUAGGAUCGCUGAUCAAUUGGCGAGGAUCAAUCCGACCUGGGACGACGAGACUCUGUACGAGGAGAGCCGACGCAUAAUAGGCGCCCAACUGCAGCACAUCACCUAUCAAGAGUUCCUACCCAUCGUUCUGGGCGAACGGGAGACCAACCUGCGCAAUCUAAGACCUCUGAAGGCUGGUUAUAGACAGUGGACCGAUGAUCCAGAGGAUUCGAUCACCGAUCCGUCCAUAGCCAACAAUUUCGCCUCUGCGGCGUUCAGAUUCGCUCAUACUCUGCUACCUGGACUGAUGAAGAUGACGGACACCCAGCAGGGGACGUCGUCCUUCGUGGAGCUUCACCGAAUGCUAUUCAAUCCGUACAGUUUGUAUACAGGGGAUGGAGUGAAGAGUUCGGUGACAUCAGCCACUAGGAACAUGAUCCAGAUGACCUCGACUCAUGUCACUUCUCAGCUGACCAAUCAUCUCUUCGAGGAUCCAUUCGCAAACGUUAGCGUACCUUGUGGACUGGACCUGGUGUCGUUGAAUAUUCAGCGCGGCAGGGAUCACGGUCUGCCAGGAUACACAAGGUGGAGGGAACGUUGCGGAUUGGGAAAACCAGAGAGCUUCUCAGAUUUGGAUGGUCAUCUGGAUCCGCAGGCGCUUUACGAGAUUUCCUUGUUAUACGAGUCUGUUCACGACGUUGAUCUGUACACUGGCGCUCUGGCUGAAUUGCCAAAAGCUGAUGGCAUCGUUGGGCCCACCUUCUCCUGCCUAAUCGCGGAUCAGUUCGUGCGUUUGCAGAAGGGUGACCGAUUUUGGUACGAGCUGGCUGAUCAGCCUCAUUCGUUUACAGAAGAGCAACUUAAGGAGUUACGUAAGAUAUCAUUGGCAAAAUUGAUCUGCGAUUGUUCAGACGGAGUGACCCAAACUCAAGCAGAAGUGAUGCGAGCCAUUGGAUCGAACAAUCCGAUGAUGUCCUGCGAGGAUAUUCCUACGCCAUCCUUUGAGCCAUGGAGGGAAGAUAAACCUUCGAAUCCCUUUCUGCAAGCUUCGUUCAUGCCAGUCAAUUGGACCGCCUUGAAGACCAACAUCAACGAUACAGUUAGAGAUGUGGUGACUUCCAUCAACAACACCAGGGCAUCCGUCGUUCUUGAUACAGACUGGCUGGCGUUUAAGAAUUACAUAAACAAUUCAUUCUCGGACCUCAGGAAUCAACUGUCCGACCUUCAUCCUUCAAAAGCAAACUCUGAAAGUUCAUUUUUGCGAGCAACGGGUCCGGCAAACGUGUACCAGGAUUGGAUUACUUUCAAGAGCGACCUGGAGAAGUCUUUGAACGACUCUAUAGAAUCCAUGGGCGGUGGUCCUGCCUCUGCUACCAAGUGGAUCGCUUUCAAACAGAGUGUCAUCGAUCAGUUCGCCGAUUUGAAGAAUCAAAUCGCGUCUAUCAAGGCGGAUCUUGCUCCAACCUUGACACUGAAGAGCAGCGAUACGUUAGACGUUAAAGAUUCUAUGAUUCCUGCGAUCUUCGACUGGAAGAACUUCAAAGAUAACAUCGUAUCGUCACUGGAUGACACAAUUAUGAGUAUAGGCAAUAAUAUGCCACCUCCCGGUGAUCCAGCCUGGGCGACUUAUGGAGACGACAUCAAAGAUCGUUUCUUAGCUCUCAGGGACAAGAUAGAUAAACAGAGACCCAUGGCUUCCACUGAAUCAGCGACUGGAAGACCAGACUUGUUCAAUGAUGGGCUGGACUAUAAAAGCGAGAUCAUCAAGACUGUGAAUGACGUAGUGCAGAAAAUCAAGAAUGACAUGCCUCCUCCAGGCGACUCAGCAUGGGCAACCUACACAGACGAAAUAAUGAAGAGUUUCUCUUCGUUCAAGAGCACACCGUCACCUUUGGAACUCGCUACGUUGUCUGACACAUCGCGUGCAGAGCUGAAAGCUUCUUCUCCAGCCUCGUUCAACAACAUAGAGAUGUCUGCUUUGAUCAACGACUGGUCAGACUUUCGUAGCAGCAUCAACGAUUCCUUCACUAGAAUCAUUCAGGAUAUUCAGAGUAAAAAACCAAUGUCGAUUGAUCCUGUAUCUUGGGCGGCGUUCAAGCAAUCCACUGUAAAUGAUUUUGCAAAGUUGAAGGAAGAAAUUGAUGACACGAAGGCUGAAUGGUCGAAGGAAACUGGUAAAGAUACACCCACUCUUCAGGGUACCGGAGACGCCUCCAAGUUCGAUUACACGAAAUUCAUCAAGCCUGUCAUCCCAGCGGACGAAUGGGUCGCUUUCAAACAACAGAUCAACGCCACUGUGACGAAUAUCUUGAACGCUGCGAAUGCUACGGAUAAAAUUGACUUCGACGAGGUUCGCGGGGUGUUCAAUAAAUCCUUCGCCGACCUGAAGAACCGGAUAGCAUCUCUGAAGGAUCUGAUCGCGGAGAGUAAACCCGUAAGCAAAACUGCCACGGAUUGGAUCACUUUUCAAGCGCGGCUGAAUUCCACGAUAAAAGAGCUUGCGGAUAAUUUGAGGAAAGAAAACGACGCGAUGAAUGGAAACUUGAUGAGAGCUCUGUUCGAAACCAGGGACAAAGUGUCUGGUCUUCAACCACCGAUGAAUUCGAUCGUUUCGUCAAUGGAACUGAAGCAGUAUGCUUCUAAGACUAAUAAGACUAUCACGGAUACUUUGAAAGGCUUCAAUUCAUUGAUGACCAGAACAGCACAGUCUGCUGCAUCCUCUUCGGAUAGUCCCAAGUCCUUCACGGAUUUUCUGAUCGUUCCUUGUCUACUCAGCUCGUUCCACGCAUCAACAUCGUGGCAUCGAAGUGGAUUGUGAGAGGUCGUGUGACGAGUGAAAAUUUUUCUAUCACAAUCGUUGUAUAUAUUCGAUUAUUUAUAGAACGAACUUUUAUAUUUCCUUGGUGUUCAUGUUAACUAUUCAGGUUUAUUAUGGACAUACCGUACUAAUCAUACAAGGUCGAGAGGACCGGAGAAUAAGAAUAAGAGUGAUAUAGAAACUAUCGUUCCCUUUUCUAUAAAUCAUUAACUCUAAUCGAUUAACAAUAAAGGAUAAUUGAUAAGAA